AUGACCGAGUCAAUGCACGCCGUGGAACCGUCGCCGGAGGCGGCGGUGCUGCCGGCCUCCGAUCCCUUGUUCGACGAGUUCUCAACCGAGUUUGGAUCCCUCCCCCUCCUGACCAUGGACUCACUCUUCAACUCCGACACGCUUCCCUUCACGUCAGAUCUCGAAUUCGGCAUGGAUUUUGAUGACAACAAUGGGGAAUUCGAAAUCACCUUCGACGAUCUCGACGAAAUCUGCAUUCCCUCCGACGCCGAGGAUUUCCUUCUCCCUGACGCAUGUAACCCCAAUAACACUUCCGUUUUUCCGCCGAUUGACGAGUCUUCCGCGAAGAAUUCCGAUUCUCCGCGUUCAGACACGUCUGCGGUUUCUGGAGAUCGGAGCUCCGGCGUUUCAAGGUUUUUCAAUUCGCAAGCGUCGGACUCUGUUUCUGAGGGUAAUUCGUGCAAAGAGGGUUCACAUGACGCGGUUGAUGUUAGGGUUUCGAAUAUUUCCUCGCCGGAGUCUGAAUUUUGUGACCGGGAGGAGUCUUCUGGUGGACCGGUUUCGUCUCAGGGUUCAGGGAACGGUGGAUCGGGUGUAUAUGAGGCCAUAAACUCGCCCUCGCCUGAUUCUGGAUCUUUCGCGAGGGACAUAACAUCGUCUCAUGCAGAUGCUGUUAUGGACAAGGGUGUCAAAUUGGAGGAAAUUUCUGGGUGUGAUCUGAAGAGGAAGAAAGAGAGUUGUCAGGGAAGUGCUACAAAGCACAGAAGGUACUCUUCCUCCUCGGUGGAGACUAAGAUAGAGAGACAGAUUCCAUCAGAUGUGAAUGCAAUUGAUGAUGAUGACGAAAAAAGGAAGGCAAGGUUGAUGAGGAAUAGGGAAAGUGCACAGCUUUCUAGGCAGAGGAAGAAGCAUUACGUGGAGGAGCUUGAGGAGAAAGUGAGAUCCAUGAAUUCCAUCAUUGCUGAUCUGAGUAGCAAGAUUUCAUACAUGGUGGCUGAGAAUGCUACACUUAGACAGCAAGUGGGUGCUGGUGUGAUGUGUGCUCCUCCACCACCUGCUCCCGGGAUUUACCCUCAUCCUCCAAUGGCACCCAUGCCUUAUCCUUGGAUGCCUUGUGCUCCCUAUGUUGUUAAGCCUCAGGGAUCUCAGGUUCCUUUGGUACCCAUUCCUAGGUUGAAGCCUCAGCAACCCACUUCUGCACCCAAAGGCAAAAAGUCCGAGAGUAAGAAGAGUGAGGGGAAAACUAAGAAGGUUGCUAGUAUUAGUUUCUUGGGUUUGUUUAUCUUUAUCAUGCUUUUUGGUGGGCUUGUUCCUAUUGUAGAUUUUAAGUUUGGCGGUUUAGUGGACAAUGUUCCUGAUACUGGUAUGUCUAGCUAUGUUAGUGAUCGGGUUUUUGGUCAUGGUGGAGGUAAGGUUUGGUCCGUGAAUGGUCCUAGGAAUGGGUCUGAAAGAGAUGAGGAAGUAGGGUUUUCUAAUGAGAGGUUUAGUGUAAAAGGCAAAAUGAAUUAUGAGAGAGGCCGGCAUUUAGGAGAAGAAAGGGGUGAACGGCAGGGCCGUGAUGAUUCUGGUCGCCAGGGAAAUGCUAGCGAGCCUCUUGUUGCUUCUUUGUAUGUUCCUAGGAAUGAUAAGAUGGUGAAGAUUGAUGGAAACUUAAUUAUCCAUUCCAUUAUGGCCAGUGAAAAAACUAUGGCUUCUCAAACUGCCGAUGCAAAAGAGAAGAGAGAAACAGGUUUGGCCAUUCCUAAGGAUUGGGAUUCUGCAUUGGCUAUACCUGAAGUUGGAAGACAUCCACAUGUGUAUAGGGUUCCUGCUGAACAGAGGAAGGCUCUUGCCUCUGGUUCAACCAAAGCUUUGAAGGACCAUAUGAAGUCCUCUGCAACUGAUGGUAAAAUGCAACAGUGGUUCCGUGAAGGUCUUGCAGGGCCGAUGUUAAGUUCUGGCACGUGCACUGAAGUUUUCCAGUUUGAUGUUUCAAGUCCUGCUAUAGUUCCAGCACCAUCAGUAUCCAAUGUGUCUACCGAAAAGCGUGAGAAUGCUACCUCGGUGAAAAAGAGCAGGAAUAGAAGAACCCUUCAUGGGCUUCCAGAUUCUCUUACUGGAUCGAGUCUGAACGUAACUGAAGAGCAUGUAAAAAACUUGCAGAAAAACCACCUCCAUGGUAAUGAAUCUUCCAUGGUGGUUUCAGUCCUUGUUGAUCCCAAAGAGGAUGGUGAUGUCGAUGGCAUGAUGAGACCGAAGUCACUCUCUCGGAUCUUCGUGGUUGUGCUAAUUGACAGUGUCAAGUAUGUGACUUACUCUUGCGGUCUGCCUCGUGCUUCUCCCCAUUUGGUAACUGCUUAUGUAUGAGAAUCCAUCCUUCCUUGGGUGAAGUGUUCCGAUAGAGCUGAACCAUCUAACCCGAGUUAUAGUUUUGUAACAAAAGGAUAUGUGGGAACCGGCAGGGAAGGAAGGAAACAAACUCUGCUCCAGUUUUGUACAUAAUAACAUAUUUAAAGUAGCAGGCUUAAAAAUGUAGCUGAGAAUACAGAGCUGGGCUUCAAUGGGGGUUGUUCACCAACCGUUUAAGGUUCAGACCUUUCUUAGAAACUUAAUAAUAUAUGCCCACCUUUUAAUUUA